AUGUUCCAGCUUAAACCCGCUAAGACCAAGGUCACUCCGUCUCGACCUCACUGGACGCAGGGGAUCCACCACAAGGCACGGCUGCAGACACAGCCUAUCAGCGAUUGCUGUGUUGAUCGCUCUCACCUGAACGAUAUCGGGCUUGAUUUAGAGUUUUGGGGAAACCCCGGGAAUUCCGGUGUUUUGCCUCAGUCGUCCGGACGGAACCAUCGCCGGGCGGAACCGAUCUUACCCACUUUUGGUUCCGCCCUCACAGAUCGUCACUUGGUCUACAGGAUGUUGACCACUGCAGCUCUUAUUCUCAUUGUCACCAGUAAAGUUGUCCUGGGACAGGUUGACAGACUGGCUGUUAAAAGACAGAGAUAUCCAUUAAAUUUGGCACCCGAUUCAGUUGAUAAUCGGUAUGAUGGCUGUACAGAGAAGAUGGAAAAAUUGGUGGAGACAAAAUAUCUAACUGAAGAAAUCACUGCUAACAUAUCAGGCUUUGGAAAAGUUUGGGAAAACAGUACAAAAAACAUCCCUGGACCAAAAGACAAUCUGAAAAGAAACCAUUUAAUUGCCAUUUCUGUGUAUACUGGUGUUAUAGUAUACAGUAAAUUCAAUAAGGAUGUUAGGACCGGUAAACAGAAAUACAAAGACAAGACAUACAAAUGGUACUCGCUUCAUUUUUGGUUGACACAAGCAAUACAGACUCUAAAGAAGACUGAAAAGGGAUGCAAGUCAACUUAUCGUGGUACCAAUGUUACAUUUGAUGGUGUCAAUAACACAGAGAUUCGUUUUGGCUCAUUUGCGUCCUCCUCUCUUGAUCGUAAAGCAACAAUUGCUUUCGGAACUGAAUCUUGUUUUGAAAUCGAGACUUGUCACGGUGCUGAUGUGUCAAAGUACUCCCAGUUUCCUAAUCAGAAAGAGGUGUUGAUUCCCCCGUAUGAGACGUUUAAUAUCACUGAUAUCAGGAUAGGUCAGAAGGGUGACUGGUGUAAGACUGUGUUUGUGUUGGAAAGCUCUGGAAUAAGAAGUGACUUAAACUGUGCAGUGGCAUCAGCCGAUUCCCAGAUAUAUCACAGAUCUCUUUCGCUGUGGCUGACCAGCUUUUACAUCUUCGUUCAUUUCUCUUUUUUAUAUUAAAUAUAACUUUCACUUCUU